CAUAAUUGUGCAUUACGCGUUAAAUGGAGUUGCGGGGAGAAUGGGCGCUUCUUCAAUAAAUCCUCUCUGUCAUUUAUUUUAUUUUAUAAUUUUGUUUUGUUUGGUAGCUAAAAAAAAUGUCUGCAAGACAAGGAACGAAAUCCCAAAAACCAAGCUCAAGAGUGGCGAAUUCCCCAGCUUCAGCUACUACUUCAUCGUCGAAACAGUUCCGGGAAACUUAUAUUGACUGCGCGACCACACCGGCGGCGUCAUCAUCCGCCCGGAGUAAGCCUCGGUACUAUUACUCUGAAAGUUCCCCUCUGAGCACGGAGAGAUCCAAGGAAAAUGUUACAGUGACUGUACGGUUUAGGCCUCUAAGUCCUAGAGAGAUUCGACAAGGGGAGGAAAUCGCGUGGUAUGCAGAUGGGGAUACUGCUGUGAGGAAUGAACAUAAUCAAGCAUUAGCAUAUGCAUAUGAUCGAGUGUUCGGCCCUACAACCACAACGCGGCAAGUCUACGAUGUGGCUGCACAGCAUGUUGUUACUGGUUCCAUGGAAGGGAUUAACGGCACAAUCUUUGCAUAUGGGGUUACGAGCAGCGGUAAAACUCAUACCAUGCAUGGAGAUCAGAGGUCCCCUGGUAUUAUACCAUUGGCUGUGAAGGAUGCCUUCAGUAUUAUUCAAGAGACUCCUAGCCGAGAAUACCUGCUUCGUGUGUCAUAUCUGGAAAUCUACAAUGAGGUUGUUAAUGACUUGCUAAAUCCCGCUGGACAAAACCUAAGAAUAAGAGAGGAUGCUCAGGGGACCUUUGUGGAAGGAAUCAAAGAAGAAGUUGUUCUAUCCCCAGCUCAUGCCCUAUCUCUUAUUGCUGCAGGGGAAGAACAUAGGCAUGUUGGCUCCACAAACUUCAAUCUACUGAGCAGCAGAAGCCAUACAAUAUUUACGCUGACAGUAGAGAGUAGCCCUUGUGAAAAUAGUGAAGGUGAGGCUGUUAGCUUGUCACAGCUGCAUCUCAUUGACUUGGCCGGUUCUGAAAGCUCUAAGGCUGAAACUACUGGUGUGCGCAGAAAAGAGGGGUCAUAUAUCAACAAAAGUUUGCUAACUCUUGGAACUGUUAUAUCAAAAUUAACAGACGAAAAGGCUGCUCAUAUACCAUACAGGGAUUCAAAACUGACCAGGCUUCUUCAAUCCUCACUAAGUGGUCAUGGGCGUGUAUCUCUUAUUUGCACCGUUACACCCUCCUCUAGCAAUUCGGAAGAAACUCAUAACACGUUAAAGUUUGCACACCGUGCAAAACACAUCGAGAUCCAAGCAGCGCAAAACAAGAUCAUUGAUGAGAAAUCACUUAUCAAGAAAUAUCAAAAUGAAAUUCUCCAUCUGAAAGAGGAGUUGGAACAACUAAAGAAAGGCAUUGUUACAGUUCCACAAGUGAAGGAUAAUGUUGGAGAAGAUUAUGUGCUUCUAAAACAAAAGCUAGAAGAUGGUCAGGUCAGAUUGCAGACAAGACUGGAGCAGGAAGAAGAAGCUAAAGCUGCUUUACUAGGCAGAAUCCAACGUUUGACGAAACUAAUUCUAGUAUCAUCUAAAGCUUCACAAUCUUCCAGAUUUCCUCAUCACGCAGGCCAUAGAAGAAGGCAUUCUUUUGGAGAAGAAGAGCUUGCGUAUCUACCCCAUCGAAGGCGAGAUCUGGUCUUGGAUGAUGAUGACAUUGAUUCGUGUUGUUUCCAAGAUAGCAACAUUGAAAUAGUUGAUACAAUAAAGGAAGGAAAAAAGACAAGGAAAAAUGGAUUGCUUAACUGGUUAAAGCCGCGGAAACGGGAAGGUAGCAGCGGGACAAUUGCAAGCACAAGUGACAAAUCUAGCGGUCUCAAGUCAAAUAGUACUCCUUCCACCCCGCAGGCAGAGUGUGGUAAUGUUCACAUGGAAUCACUGCAUUCAAAUUCCUUGCCGACAGAAAACAAUAGUUCUAGAGACAUUCCUGGGGAUAACUUUUUAGGACCAGAGAUUCCCAUGACUAGCAUAAAGACCAUCGAUCAACUUGAUCUACUGAGGGAAAAACAAAAGAUUCUGCUGGAUGAAGUGGCACUCCAUACCAGUGCGUUAAAAAGGCUAUCAGAUGAGGCAUUUCGGAGUCCUAAUAAGGAACUCAUACAAGUGGAGAUAAGAGCACUGAGAGAUGAUAUCAGAAGGAAAAACGAGGAAAUAGCUUCACUGGGAAAACAAAUUUCUAAUUCUUUCAUGGAUUCUCAUGAGAAUAUCACUUGCUUUGAAGAUUCAUUAUCUGUUGCAGAACUUAUGGCACAAUUGAAUGAGAAGUCUUUUGAACUUGAGGUUAAAGCUGCAGACAAUCGUAUAAUUCAAGAGCAGUUAAAUCAAAAGACUGUUGAAUGUGAAGAACUACAAGAAACAAUUGCCUCCUUGAAACAACAACUUUCAGAUGCCCUAAAUUCUGAUCCUUCACUUGGCGAUUCACAAAAGUUGUCAGCAACAAAGCGUUUGUUAGGACAACUUCGGAAUGAGAAGGAAAACCCAGCAACAAAGAAUACAAAGGAAGCGUUACUUCUUCAAUCCCAGGCGAUACAGCUGGAAGAGCUCCAACGAAAAGUGGUAGAGCUAACGGAGACGAAAGAUCAACUGGAGAUUAGAAACCAUAAACUGGCAGAGGAGAGUUCAUACGCCAAAGGAUUAGCAUCCGCUGCUGCUGUUGAGCUAAAGGCGCUAUCAGAAGAAGUCUCAAAGCUAAUGAACCAAAAUGAAAGACUUUCUUCUGAACUAGCAGCAGCUGCUGCCCAAAAGAGUUCCCUCGCGCAGCGGAGAAACAGUAUCCCCAUGCGGAACGGGCGGAGAGACAACCAUGUCAGGCGGAGUGAUCAAAGUGCAAGUGUGGUCCCCACCACAGACAUUAAGAAAGAACUGAGCGAGAGCAGGGAAAGGGAGGCUUUGUAUGAAGCCGCGCUUGCGGAAAGGGAUCGUAAUGACGCUGAGCUACAAAGAAGGAUUGAUGAAGCCAAGGAAAGAGAAGUGUAUCUUGAGAAUGAACUGGCGAACAUGUGGGUUAAAGUAGCAACGUUGAAGAAUGCUCAAGAAGAUGGAGAAGAAACGAGGGGGAAUCGGAGGACUGAUGGGUUUGAUGUUCUUUGGAAUGAAGAGGGGGCUUAGAAAUUUCUCUAGAGGUAGUUAGUAGUUACUAGGGAAAUUUCCCCAAAUAGGAUUAAAAACAAUGAGGCUUCCUUAAAUGGGUAUACAAUGUGUUUUUUAAUCUAAAUACGAGCAAAGUAUUGUCAGCUUGAAAUCAUAGUGUCAUGUAAUGAGAUUAUCUAACAUCAAUAUGACAAUACUUACUCCUAUUUAGGGAAAAAACAUAUUACUCAUAUCUAGAAAAAUCCGUCUUGUUUUUGCUCCUAUUUAGGGCAAUUCUUUAGUUACUUCUAGUUGUCUAUUGCCGGGCUGUUCAUGUUUUUGUGGAUAUUCCUCUAAACAGUGUUUUUCUGGUUUGAGUUUUUGUGAUUGAUGUGGGGGUGGUAUAUAACCAGCUGCUACUCCGUAAGCUAAGAGGUGCCUUCCACUAAGUUGCAUACUUGUAUGUAUCGAGUGAUUAAAUAGAUUUCUCUGUACAAAUGUUUUCUGCGCAGCUAACAAUACGAACAGGUCCAUGACUUCCAUCUUUAUUUGAGAAAGACAUUGAAGCUUGUGCAGUUG